GUUUCUGUUGAGGUCCCAAACGGCUCCCAUCUCACGAAAUUCACCCAGUAGCCGUUGACGGCUCUUUAGGUGACGGAUUGAGUCCAGAAUCAACUAUUUUCUUUUCCCGUUUUCAUUUAUUUUUUUUAGGGGGAAAAAGGAACAAGAAAGAGGUUAGAACGCUACAGCGUAGCAGCGAAGCUAAGCUUAUUCUGCGAUACAACCUCGAGACAAGUCGGGACAAGACCAGGUCAGUGGAUGGACGUUGCAAAACGCCAUUAGUGCUUCGGUGACAUUAAGUUGGACCAGAGUAUGUCCUUGUUACCCCUGAAGUCUCAGGGCUCACCAUACUCAAUGAGCGGACAGCGCAAUGUCAGAGCGCUCUGGGCAAACUGCAAAGGGGAAGGAAGGCAAAACCAAGUAUGCGUCUCUCAACUUGUUUGAUACAUACAAAGGAAAGAGCCUUGAAACACAAAAGCCUGUUGUUCCUCCCCGCCAUGGCCUGCAGUCUCUUGGUAAAGUUGCCUCCGCGCGGCGUAUGCCACCACCUGCCAACCUGCCCAGUCUGAAGGCAGAGAACAAAGGCAACGAUCCCAACGUCUCGCUCGUUCCCAAAGACGGCACAGGAUGGGCAAGCAAACAGGAACCAGCAGACCCAAAGAGUACCGAUGCAUUAUCAGCACCGCAGCCGGAAUCGCCGCAGCCUGUGCCUUCACAGAUACCUGCACUGACCCGCCCGAGAACCCCAACAGCUUCAGAGGCUCUGGCCCCACCUUCAACACAGGCCGUAGGGGCAAGGUCUUGGGCACAGGGCAGCGUUACACAUGGAACACAAGGGGAUGGUGGAAAGGGAUCAAACCUACCAUCGCCAUUCUCUCGCGAGGAAUUUCCUACCCUGCAGACGGCUGGCGACCAGGACAAAGCUGGCAGAGAACAGGCCACUGCAGAUCAGUGGUAUGGGCCCGGACCAAGCCUCCGCCCCCAGAACGUCACAAGUUGGCGGGAUGGUGGGGGCCGAGCCUUGGCACCCACCCUGCCUGGGGAGGGGGCAGCAGAGGAGGGCACAGGUGGAGUUCUGGUGAUGGAUGGGGCAGCUGGGGUCCCCCCUCCAAACUCCCAGAUCCAAGGGCCACCUAGAAACCCCCCUGCAGGCAGCCCUGCCUUGCCCCUGCCCCAGCCCCCUGUGGGGCCUGGGUUUCCUCCAUAUCGAGGGAUAAUGCCACCCUUUAUGUAUCCCCCCUAUCUCCCGUUCCCAGGCCCCUAUGGCCCCCAGGGGCCGUACAGGUACCCGCCACCUGGGGAAGGGCCAGCUCCGAGGUUCUCACGUGGACAGAGUGGUCCUGACAACAGGCCACAGGGCAGCCCACGUGACUCAGGGGAAGUGGUAAAACGUCCCUCCAUCCUAAAGCAGGAUGACCUGAAGGAGCUGGAUGAGCUGGAUCAUGAUGGAGAUGAUGGCUGGGCAGGGGCUCAUGAGGAGAUUGAUUACUCCGCCAAGUUAAAGUUCAGUGAUGAUGAAGCAGAGGAAGAGGGAGAUGAAGACAAAAAGGACAGCAAGAAUGACUCACGGUAUGUGGACAAUGAGCAGCAGAGGUCCCAGGAAGCUCCCACUGCAAACUCUCACUCUCGAGCCUCAGACAGUGGCGUAGAAAGUCGUCACACACCUCCCCUGAAUGCUGACGGCAUCCCCCAGCCCCCCUCCAGCAAGCCAGGAUGUGCCGAGGAGGGAAGCAGCAGCUGGGGAAACCAGGGAGCGCCAUCCAACUAUCAGGGGCGCAGGCCUGGAUUGGGUGGUCCCCGGGAGCAGCCCUCCCCCCCACCUGGGCCGCUCCUCAGACAAGGUCCCUACUCCUUUAAUCGACAGGACCGGCCACACAGCCAGGGUGCACCUGUUGGCCCGGUAAAACCUGCUCCUGCCCAGCCUCAGCCAGGAUCAGGGGGUCCUGCCACUUCCGCUCAGCCCAGCCUGCUGGUCCACGGGGCCCAGGGGGACGAUGAGGACGAGACUUGGCGUCAGCGCAGAAAACAGUCCUCCUCUGAGAUCUCUGCAGCUGUUGAACGAGCCCGCCGCCGGCGUGAGGAGGAAGAACGUAGGAUGGAGGAGGAGAGGCGGGCAGCAUGCGCCGAGAAGCUGAAGAGGCUGGAUGAGAAGCAGCAACAGCAGCAGGGCAGCAGCUCAGGAGCUGGUGGCAGAAGUAACACCCCUAACCUCGAAGGAAACUCUAUAGCUGCUACAGACGGUAGCCCCAGUCCGCCUGUUUCAGCGUCCUCCCCGAAUAUCAGCCAGCCAGCCUCUCCUUGUGUGGAUAUUGAAGAACCUCCAGUGCUAGCACCCCAGCCAGGAACUAUUAUUGGAGCGGGUGACCGUCAGCGAGCUAGCAGCAACAGCAGCUGCGACUCCAGUGUGGAUGUCCAACAGUGUCCCCAGCAGGCUGUGUCACAGUCACAGCAGUCCAUACUGGAUGUACCUCCAUCAGUGGAGAGUAAGGAAGAGGCCAUAGGCAGUCCUCACGUCCGUGCAGGAAGUGGAGGAGAAAGAGGUGUGGAGCCAGUGAAGAUUGAGAAUUCUGGUGGAGGAGCGGGUCGCCAAGCCAGUGGUCCUCCUGGCCAGGGUUACUCCAAGUACCAGAAAUCUCUACCGCCUCGCUUUCAAAGGCAGCAGCAGGAGCAGCUUCUGAAGCAGCAGCAGCAGUGGCAACAACAACAGCAACACAGCCAGGCAUCCCAAAGUCAGCUGUCCCCUCAGCCCCAAGCACCACAAGGUCCUUCACCAGGUUCAACCCCCCAGCCAGGCCCUGGGCCAAAGCAGGGAGGACCCCUGUAUCAGCCUGGCAGUAUGGUUCGACCUCCACCUCUGCCAAUGAGUUUUGAUCCACGCUGGAUGAUGAUGCCCUACAUGGACCCUCGCCUAAUGCAAGGUCGCCCUUCUCCCAUGGAAUACUAUUCAGCUGGCAUGCACCCAUCUGGGCUUAUUGGUCGUGAACGAACUGAUUCAGGCGGCUCUGGUUCAGAAUCUUUUGACCGACAGCAGCAACAUCCAGGCCACCCUCACCGUGGGACUCCCCCCAUGGAUCCUAAGCUGGCCUGGGGGCCGGAGGUGUUCCCUGGCGGAGCGGAGAACCGUGGGCUGACCUCUCCGUUGAGACAGAAGCAGCCACUGGAGGAGGAUGAUGUGGUGAAAAGGCCCAGAAGCGACACUCCUCCACAUCGUCUGCGAGAGGGUGGAUUGGGACCAAUUCAGCAGCCCAGCUCAUCAUCUGGGACCUCCAGUCAAACUCCUCCUCCUCCUGUUGGUGUGCAAGUUGGCAACCCGGGAGGCACACAUCACCCUCAUCAAUACAUUGGAGGGCGAGGCAACUACGGCAACUUCCCCGACCAGGGUGCAAGGAUGCCUCCCCACCCGCAACAGAGGCCAGGCGAAAGGGGUAACCAGCCCCACAACUUCCCCCAUCCGGAUGAUGGGCCUUCUCGAGGAUCUCAGCAGGUGCAGAUAUGGGGAGCCCCGCAUUCCCAUUAUGAUCGUAACGGGCGUGCAGACCUCCCCACCGUGGAGGGCAACUCUCAUCUUUCCCACCAUCACAGCCACCACCAUCAGCAGCCUCUUAACCACCAAAAACCAGAAAACAGUCGUGACAGGGUUGGUGAAGCUCCCGCAAAGAAGUCGGACUCUUCUCCACCUCUCCACCAACCAUCCCUGUCAUCCUCAUGCUCCUCUUCUUCCUCCUCCUCGGCCAGGGAGGAUGGGAAGGUGGCCCAGCAUCAUCCCCCACCUCUGAGGGAGGGUGAAGCUGGUGUUAAUCCUGGUGAAAGAGGCAGCAGUGGCAAUGCCAGCAACACUCACAUGAAACCAGACAAGUCAGGCCCCCCAUUUCUGCCCCAUUCUAGCCAAACUCCUCUUCAGCAUGGUGGUCAUAAUCAGACUCAGCAGCAUUCUCACCCUAAAUCAAACCAAAGAGGAGGACGUGAACAUAAAACAGAGACACAGUGGGGUCCACGUCCUGGAAGCAACAGUAUGGGUGGGGGAUCCACCCACGGCAGGAGGGGUAACAAUGCAGCAGGAGGAAGCAACUCUCGUGGAGGAGAGGACUCAUCCAGUACUCAAUCAGACCACAAACCCUCAAACCAGACAGGAGGCAGCAACCCCAAUAAGAGGGCUGGUCCAAUCAAGAAGCCCCUGCUGAAGGAAAUGAAGAGAGAAGGAGGAGGUUUUGAUGGAGGAGAAAAACAAGGAAAAGACAAAGAGCAAGAUGGUGGCCAACCCAACUCCAUGAAGCAGGAUUCCUCCUCCAUGUCCCAGAACACCUCAGUCGCAACAAAAGAGGAGCAGAACCAUACAGCUAAAGCCAGGAGUGGUGGAAAAGAACGGUCCUCUGGAGGUGGAGGGUCCGGCAGAGGGUCCAAAGAUUUAAACUCAUCAUCUUCUGGGUUUUCCUCCAAGAGGGACAGAGAACGCUCCUUUGAAAGAGGCGGUGGGCCCCACCCCCCUGGAGUGCCCACUAACGGGGGCAGACCUAGUCGGGGACGAGGCGGAGAGUUCUACCGCGGUGGCCGUGGUUACAGGGGUACCUACACUGCCAGUGCUGGACCAGCUAGUGCAGGUCGAGGUAGAAUGGGUGGUAGGAGUGGAAGAGACUACCGCUCAUCAGCUGGUGGAAGCCACCACCAAGAACCCAAGGGUGAUGGGUCUGGUGUUCGGCAUGGUCAGCAUCGGUCUCAGCAUAACCCAGCGAGAGCAAGAAACCGCAGCGAAACCCGAAGUGAGGGCUCAGAGUAUGAAGAAAUCCCCAAGAGGAGGAGAGAGCGAGGCUCAGAAACUGGCAGUGAGAGUGGGGGCAGUGACCUCGGUCACUCAGACAAAGAUGAUCACCAAAAACCCAACUCUAAGAACUGUUCAGAGAAUGUCAGUGCCACAGGAAACAUCUCUUCAGUGCUACCUAGAGUUUCUCAGGGCCGUGUCUUCACUCCCAGGGGAGUGCCCUCUAGGAGGGGCAGGGGUGGAGGAGGUGGAGGUGGAAACAUGUACAGGGGCACUGGCAACAUUGGAGGGCCAGCUGGGGGACACCGAGUCGGACCUGGCUCAAGCUCUUACAUUGGGUCUUCCAAGUCCACAGCUUCAGGCCGAAAACAGCAAGGUCCACCUCAGGCCUCUGGACCCAAAGAUCUGGGUCGAGGAGGGGGUGCAGGAGAAAAGAAGGACAAGGUAGCAGAUGGAGGUCAGAAUCUGGGGGCCAACCCCCCUCAACCAUCUUUGCCUGCCACAACUCCUCCUGCUGUGGGGUCCACUGAGAAUGGAGGAGUGAUCACCCAGCAAGUUUCAACCAAUCCUGUCACAAACUCGGGAGGCCCAAAUGCCCCCCCUCAUCCUGCUAACCAGGGCCACCCUCCGGGUGGGUUUGAGAGACCCCCAAGACGCCGUCGCCAUGGUCGUUCUCAACACCAGCAGGACAAGCCUCCCCGCUUCCGCAGACUGAAGGAGCGAGAGAAUGCUGCACGCAUCAACGGCGGAGUUGGGGUCAUUGGUGGAGGGAGACCAUCAUCUCCUUCCCUGAAUUCAGUUCAGGACAGUAACGGGGCUCCGGUGUCCGCUCCCAUUACAGGAAACACCCAGAACGCAAACCAUACCUCCACACUGUCGACCAACAACAACGGUGGUGGUGGGCAGCUUAAUAAUGCAAACAGCCACCACCAUCACCACUACAACCAGAGCAACGCUGGUCCAACCCACCCCCAACACCACCACAACCAUGGAGCCAAGUCUCCAGACUUCACCAAUCAGAACUCAGACCAGGCCAAUGAGGAGUGGGAAACUGCCUCUGAGAGCAGCGACUUCACAGAGUUCAGAGACAGGGAGGCAGGAGGAGCGAAGUCCUACGCCUCCCACCAUCACCACCACCCGGGAAGAGGAGGAGGUGGUGGGGGUGGGGGUGGUGGAGUUCUGGUUGAUCGAGACAUGACCGGUAAAGAGCCAUCGGCGAAUAAACGAAGCUUCUCAAGCCAGCGCCCUGGGAUGGAGCGACAGAACAGGAGGGUCAACACCGGAGGAGGCGGAGGGAGAGGUCCUCGCGGCCCCCCAGGCGGGGGCUCCGGUGCUCCUGCGAAUGGAGGGGGCAAUCGUGGGGAGAAACGUGGCAACUGGCCAUCACCGAAAAAUAGAAAGUGAUGGAGUAUUAAGAUGUUUUAUUAGAUGAACCCACCACCCUUUUAUCUUAAUCCCUUCUGAUUGCUAUUUCAUGGCUUAUCUAUUGACACCUCUAACACAUUAGUGGAUCGUGCUGUAUAUGGAGAUGGUGUUCAUAUUCACCUCAGCUGACACCUCUGUUCCCUUCACAUUAUCCUUCGUACCGUCCGUUGUUGUAAAGUUAUCUCUUUGUUUGGUCUUGCUCUUCUUUUGUUCAUGGACCCCCUUCUGUUUUUCUUUUUUACCCAACCUUCAACAAACGCCGUGGUUGGAUCUGUAAGCAUGUGGCUGCAUUAAUAAGGUUCACACAGGCUCCACACAUACUUGGCGAUUCAAGCACAGACACGGCAUCUUUAAGAACACGUGCAUGAUUAAAAUGUUUGCUCAGAUUGCCGGAACAUUUUUGGGUUGGGUUGAUUUUUAUUUUUAUAAGUACAUUUCCACCACACUCUGGCCUUGAGUGGGACUCAGGUAGUACAGGUCUGUGUUAGUUCCCGCACAGAGGCAAAAAAAUCAAAUUUUUAUUAACUUCACACCAUAAAAGAGUUUUCUGCCGUUUUUCCGUUUGUAUUUUUUUGUUGGAUUUUCAGUUGAGUUUCAGCCCAACAGAAACACAAUUCUGUAAAGUAAGUCCCUCUCAUUCCCCCUAAUUCCUCCAUGAAAUGUUUGUCUGGUUCCUCCUCGGUGCUCAGCUCCACCUGCAUUGAUUUGUCGUUAAUAUAAGUGUUUUUUUUGCUUGUUCAGAUAGACGUGUGAAUUUUAUUUUUGCUCUGAAUUGUUAACCUGCUCUGACAUUUCAUUAGUCAUUUGUUGCUCCUUUUUCUGUGUAGGAUUUCUUUUCCUGGCCUCAUCGUAGCAUAAUCCUUACCUGCAGAACUUCUGCAGACUGCAAAAAUCCCCAAUCCAUAUAGUUUGAUCAAAUUUGUUUACCCUGUGAGGACUGUAUUGAUAGCAUGGUGGCUUUAUUUUAACAACCAUUAUUCCUCAGUGACCAGCAUUUUUGUGGUGUUUUUCUCUCCUCUCCCUCAAAUUUAAAAACUUGAUUCUGGCGGGAGGGGAAAAAAAUACUCGGAUCUAAAUGCUGGUCAAGAUGUUUAAUGCGAAUGUUUAUCCUUCAGUAGAUAAUUGUAUAUGUUCUAAUAAGCACUCCUUGUAGUAUAGAAACUUUGUUUGUUUAAUUUUCCUUUUUCUUUUGUGGUAACGUGUUUCGGCGAUGUUACAGGACGGGUUUCGCUGUCCGGGCCCACAGAACGAAGCCAGUGUUGUAUUUUUGAAACCACCCCCUCGCCCCCCUCUGCUGUCAUGGGUGGCUCCAUGCAAAGAUCCCUCACACCUAGAAGGACUCUGUGAGAAACGCACGUGCAGACGGGACGGACCGUUAACAGAAUGCGGUGGCAAUUCAGGACAAUGCCAAACAUGGGAUGCGUGUCAUCUUGUGCAGUUCACACGGUCCCUUGGAUUUUUACUUGGUGGUGACCGGGAGUGACAUACGAUUACGCUCAUAAAAAGUAGUUUUUAUCACGCGUAAAGCAGCUUAUAACGGCAUCCAAAGUGAACUACAAUAAUUCCCUCGUUUGCAUCCAUUCUGUCACUGCUGUAAGUUGGGGCUCUGUUUGUGUACUGAAAAUAGUUUGAAGAUUGUGGGAUGUUGUGACUAGGGCAUUUGACGAAUUGUGUGUGUGUGUGUGAGUGGGCGUGCUUGUGUGGAUGUGUGUUUUCUGGUGUUAAUAACUCGGGGAAGGGAGGGCUGGGACCGGAGGGGUUAACACGAACGGCAAGCACUUUCUGCUUUGUUUGCCCCCCACUUUUGAUUUAACAGAUAGAAAUCUUCUUAAAUACAUCCACAUGUAUACAUUCAGCCGUGUGUAUAUGUUCAGCAUCCAAAUGAAGACUCUGCAUUGGGAAAACGUCACUUUUUGUGUAAUUUAAAGCAUCUGUUCUCCAGUAGGCGAGUGAAGUUGGACUUUUUAUUUUUCACUCUGAAUCCUUCUUAGCAUGAAAACACCGCUGGGUGCUGCUUGCAUUGCCUGUUACUGGUUUAUACGUUGAUAGCUGUACACUUAACACUGGCUCAAAGAGUCUCUCAUCCCACCUUAACGCUGACGUGCGCAUUAUUGUAUGUACCUAUGUUAAAAGACAAAGGCGAGUAGUGUAUUCCAGCGAAAGAUUUCUUAAAGAUUGUAUUGUUUCCAGCAUUACUGAGGUACACAAAGUGGUUCAAGCUGUUUUUAGCAUUUAUGGUUUUUAGUGGAAAAAAAAAACAAAAAAAGGAGCCGUAAUAUACACACAUGUAUGUAUAUUGGUAUGUAUCUAAGUUUUGUCUACCCCAACUUACAUUCCCACAAACAAAUGUUGCAAUUUUUAGUUAAAGGGAGCAAUGUACAAGCAGAGAAGUGUCUUAUAAUAAAGUUAUACAGAGAAGGCAAAAGUUAAAUAAACUACUUUUGAUUUAAUGGAAAA